AUGUUGGGCUGCCCUUUGCUCACGCGCCUCGUCCUUAGGAGUUGUUGGGAGUUUAGGAACGUAAGGCUGAGCGAGGCAGCAUUGUCUGGGCUCAAGCACUUUGAACUGCGUGAUUCCAAGAGGAUCGAAGGGUGUAGCAUCGAAAUUGAUGUCCCGAAUCUCGAGACAGUCUCUAUUUGGGGCCCGUGGAUCUGGUGUCACAGCCAAAGCGCAUUAUUGUUCUUUCGUCUCACGAGAUUGAGUCUCAAUAGUGUGAUCCUGUCGAGUAAGUCGUUUGACCUGAUAUCGUUCGGCUGCCCGACUCUUGCGUACUUGUCCCUAGAUAAUUGCUCCGGUUUCGAGGAAUUCCAUCUUGCAAGUGAUUCAAUCAUGUUCUUGCGCAUCAGGACCACAGAAAUAUUGCUUAAAGGAGUUAGGAUUUGUGCCCCGAACAUUGUCAAAUUUAAAUUCACAGCCCGUAUUUCCAAGGGACCGGACACAUUCUCUUUCACGACCACUACUUCCAAGGAGUGGUCCUCAGAAUUAUUACUCUAUUCACCUAAGUACGAUCCCGAUUUGGACACCAAUUCAUGGUUCCUUAAGUUGAGACAAGUGCUGAAGGCACUAAGUGGGUCUCAGAUUUCUCUGAUUCUGGAGAUACGCAGCGGCCCUCAGGACGUGCCUUGUAGUGCUGUUAUCAAUGACGAGCCGCCUGUGGUGUUGCGGGACUUGAAUUUUUAUACUUGUGAAUGUCGUACAGCGUCUUGGUACACGGGGUUUACGAAUGGCUUGUUUCGUGUUUGUCGACCGAGUCACGUAUGGAGUUGGGUCGCGUACGAGUCGAACGGGAAAUACGGGCUCUCGGAAUUUCAGUUAAACAUCUUGCUUGCAAACAAGAAAGUCAGGACCGAGCCCUACUUUUGGAGGCACGAUUUGGAGCAAGUGUUUGUGGAAAGUCUCGAUGGGAAACAAUGGCAGCUCAAGCAGUGGAAGAAGCUGGGGGAGUUGCGAAAAGGAAAGAAAGAUAGGGAUCUUCGCCUUAGAUUGAAAUGGAGAUGUUAG